GCCAAGCCGAGAAGCACUAACAUGUGUUGUCGGCCCAUUAUUUAUCUAGGCUCCCCAUCUCUGCAGCCAGCACCACUGCCUUUCCCUCCUACAAUACACACACAUUCCACACACACAUCACACACACGGCUCAGUGCUCCGCGCCUUGCAUCCACAACAAUCAACGGAACAUGGAUACCGUCAACAGCAGGCCGCGGAAAGUCAGAUCCUCGGACAAAAAGCUCGACGCACUCAAAGCUAAACAGGCGAAACGUAAAUUCCGAGGCACUUCAGCGCCCGACCCGUCCCUCGGCAUCUCACUCGACGAAUUCACGUCCUUCACUCAGCACCUCCAGUCCUCCAAGCGCAUCUUCGCGCUCCUGGGCGCGGGGCUCUCUGUAGCAUCAGGCCUGGCAACAUUCCGUGGCUCGGAUCGCUUAUGGCGCGGCCACGAACCGCAGGAUCUUUCCGACGCCCAGGCUUUCUUCGACGAUCCGGCCAAGGUGUGGUGGUUCUUUUCCCAUCGCAUGAUGGGAGCACAAAAGGCGGAGCCGAAUGCCGCACACUACGCUUUGGCGAGACUCGCAUGUGCGAAGAGGGGGUUCUUUGCUGUGAAUCAGAACAUUGAUGGGCUUUGUGAGAGGGCGGCAUUUCCACGGUCCCAGAUUGCACAGGUCCAUGGCACGCUGUUCUCCAUCAAGUGCAGCAAGUAUCAGGCCGAGAAGGAUAGAUGCGACUACGAGAGGGAAGCCACGUAUCCCGUCAACGAGCAUCUCGCUCUCCCAGACGACGUCGAUAUUUCGGACGCAAAAGUGCCCCUACCACACGUCGCUCGCUCGGAUCUUCCGCACUGUCCGAAAUGCAACAACCUCCUCCGGCCCAACGUCGUGUUCUUCGGCGAAGCGACACCUCUCUCAGCCUCGGAACGAAUAUACGAAUUUACCUCGGGCGGCACCAUCGAUCUCAUGCUCGUCAUCGGUACGAGUGCGGUUGUACUUCCCGCGGCCAUGUAUAUCCCGAUUGCGCGCAACGCCGGUGCAAGAGUGGCGUUUUUCAACAUGGAGGAAAGCGAGGAAGAGCCGGGACGGCUGCGAGACGGAGAUUGGUUCUUCAAGGGAGACGCAGCGGAGACUGUGGCAGAUAUGUUGAAGGGCGUGGUUGGAAACGUAAGGCGUUAGGAUUUCAUUCCACUGCGCAGGUUGACCUUCACCGGAUAUACAAGCCUUUUAGCUUAUUGUACCGUAGAAGUUGUUCAUAUCUUCCAAGUAAGAAGUACUCGCUGGGCCUCCUAAAACG